AUGUCAAGUGUAACAGUGAGAAGAGUAUCUCGUGAAGACAUUCAACUGGUUCAGAAUCUAAUUGAACGAUGCCUUCAGCUUUACAUGAACCGUGAAGAAGUUGUCGACACUCUACUCGAGCAGGCUAAGAUUGAACGUGGUUUUACAGAACUAGUUUGGAAGAAGCUCGAAGAAGAGAACGCGGAAUUUUUCAAGGCGUAUUAUCUGAGACUGAUGGUGAAGCACCAGAUUAUGGAAUAUAACAAGCUGCUUGAGCAGCAGGUCCACUACAUGCGUCAGAUGCAUCCAACCGGAGCUGCUUCCGUCCAAAACAGAAAUGGUUCGCAUGUUCCAUCAAUGAAUCAGCAACAGUUGAGCUUUGCAACCAAGGAUUCUGAUCAUACCUCUCCUAAUAUGUCAAGUGCAUACAUCAAUGGAGGCUCAGCACUUAACACAGCUGUACCUUCUUCUGUGGACUUUUCAACCAGAGUUGUUCCUCCACCGAGCAUGAUCUCCUUGCAGGCUACUACAGAUACGCCUUUGAUGCAAGGGACGAUCAAAUCAGAGGCUGCAUUCUCGAACUGUGCUCCGUUCAUGAUGUAUGGUGGUCAAGCAGCUUCGGCAGUUGGAGAUGCCUCCAUUGCAUCUUUCAGCAACGAUUCUAGCAACCAAUCCCUCAAUGAUCCAGUUGUUGAUGCAGGCGCUUCUACAUUUGGGUUCUUAGGUCAAAUUCCUCGGAACUUCAGCCUCUCUGAUCUCACAGCUGACUUUUCCCAGAGUUCAGAGAUUCUGGAGAGCUACGACAAAUCGCCAUUUCUUUUGACUGAUGCUGAAAAUUUCCUGGACUCUAGCGAAAGAGUAGAACAUCCUCAAGGAGAUCAGGAGAGAUUGGGGACCAUAUCUGAAGGCUUCAGUUACGAGAACAACAUCGGGAGCAAAUAG